UUCGUUUUGAGUUGAUUUAAUAAUCAAAGAUGGGAAGGCAACCCUGUUGUGAUAAGGUUGGGUUGAAGAAAGGUCCAUGGACUGCUGAAGAAGAUAAGAAGCUUAUUAACUUCAUCCUCACCAAUGGCCAAUGCUGCUGGAGAGCCGUCCCUAAGCUUGCAGGGCUGUUAAGGUGUGGCAAGAGUUGCAGGCUGAGAUGGACUAAUUAUCUCAGACCAGAUUUGAAGAGAGGACUUUUGUCUGAAUUUGAAGAGAAAAUGGUGAUCGAUCUCCAUGCUCAACUCGGCAACAGGUGGUCUAAGAUAGCUUCUCAUCUCCCCGGAAGAACUGAUAACGAGAUCAAGAACCAUUGGAAUACACACAUCAAGAAAAAGCUGAGGAAAACGGGGAUCGAUCCUCUCACGCAUAAGCCAUUAUCCCCUGCCGAGGAACAUCAUCGUCCCCAACAGCAAGAGCAAAAGAAACAAGAUGACAAAACAAAGGAACCUGAAACAUCAUCAUCCUUAAAGUCCACAAUAACUAAACCAAAGGAGGAGGAGGAAAACCACCCAAUGGUGAAAGACGUUGAAAUCAAUGGUUUUUGCACCGAUGAGGUUCCUUUGAUGGAACCCCAUGAAAUUUUGGUUCCUAAUUGUCCACCAUCAACAUCUUCAUCCUCACCGUCUUCGUCUUCCUGUCACUCUUCCAUGUUCCUUGAAGAACUACAGCACUUCCCUGGUUUUGACUGGCCAUCUGAUGAUUACAACGCAAGCAACGGAUUGAGCUUGUGGAAUGAUGAUUUCAACAUCUGGGAUUUGCUAAUCAAUGAGGAAAGUGACAAAAGGCUACCUCUUGAUCAUUCAUUAUCGUCUCCUCAAAUGGGAUUUGAUCAAGAUUCUCGCCAACAUGAACUUUUCUGAUUAAUUUCCACUGUUUUUUUCCCUUUUAAUUUCAAUGUGGCUAUUAUUUGUUGUAAUAUUCCUUUUCGGUUGUCACGCCUUGUAAAAGAGAGGAAAAUAACAAGUUG